AUGGCGCUCACUGACUACUGCAACCGCGAAAAGUUUUCCGACAUCACCAUCAAAUCCGGCCAUCUCGAGUUCAAAUGCCACAAAAUCAUCCUCUGCAAAGCAUCCGCCUACUUCGAAAAGCUCCUUGAUCCGGAUGGCAACUUCAUCGAACGCACGCUUUCAGUCAUCGAGCUCAAGGAUGACCACCCUGAGGCGGUCGGGGCGAUGCUGCGCUACAUCUACGACUUCGAUUAUCGACCUAAGGUACAGACCAAAAAGGUAGAAGACGGCGACGAGUACAGUUGCCCGGCGAUUUUCCACCUUCACGUCUACGACGCCGCGCACAAAUACCUCUUUCCCAGACUCGCAUCGAAGGCUCUGGCGGCAGUCAACACUGCUCUUGAGGAACUGAAGAAGCGCGAUGAUGUAGCCACAGCCCAUGUCUUUGAGGUCAUCAAGCUGCUUCACGAGCGCGAAGAGAAACCGUUUCAGGCGACAAGCAAAGUGUUGAUCCAGCGUCACAUGGCCUCGAUGAUGAAGCAGAAGGAGUUCCGCGCAUGGCUCGAAGAGGACGACAAUCAAGCUCUGGACCAAGUGCUAGACUCCAUAGCCGACUGUGUGAAUGGAAGACACAAGCUCAGGGUCUGCAAAUGUUGCUCGUGGACGUCCCUGGAUAGCACGCACAAUCUAAGCCACCUCUGCCGAGUUGGGAACGCACACGUAGACUCCCCAAACCGCUAUCACUCUGUUGAUCUCGGCUACAUCGGUGGGAAUCUGAGCAUCCUGGAUACCACGCGUUGA